AUGCCCCAAGGCCAUGGGAUGAGGCUGUCCCACCUCUCCAGGACCAGCAUAAAAGCCGGGCCAGAGCCUCUCUCCCUCACACUCUUCUCCUCACGUCUCACCCCCCUCUCUUCCAGGACCCUCCACACCACACCCAUGGCCUGCUCCAACAUCUGCCGUCCCUGCGGACCCACCCCGCUGGCCAACAGCUGCAACGAGCCCUGUGCCCUGCAGUGCCAGGAUUCCCGUGUCAUCAUCGACCCUUCCCCUGUGCUGGUGACCCUGCCAGGACCCAUCAUGACCUCCUUCCCCCAGAACACAGCCGUCGGAUCCACCUCCUCGGCUGCUGUGGGCACUGAACUCAGUGCCCAGGGACAGCCCAUCUCGGGUGGAUUUGGCUUUGGCCUUGGCUAUGGCCUGGGAGGCCUGGGCUGCUACGGCAGAAGGGGCGGCUACAACUGCUGA